CUGGCCCCAAAAUGGUCGAGUCAAACCCGCCUGUCUCGGGAUGCCCGAGCCAGGGCCCUCGUCCCGCGCGCGGGCGGCCAAGGCGACACCGUACGCCCGCCCCCCGCCGCGCACGGCGCUGCCGUCGAUCGCAAAGCAAGUGCCGCCGCCCUCCGGUGUCGUCCAGGCGCUGCUUGGAGACACGAGCUCCAUUGAGGCCCGUCUCGAUAAGCUCCAAGCCGACUUGCACGCGUCGUUUGCUCACCACGCAACGCGCAUGGACCGCCUCCAGCAACAGCGCGGCAUCAACACCAAGCGGAUUCUGCGACAGCGGCACGUGAGCCUGACGCUCGCGCACCUCGAGCGCGCGUCGACCGCGUUACGCGACGGAACCGAGGCUCUUUUGUGCCCGACUUGCCAUGCGUUUCGAAGAUCCGACGAUUUCCUUCCGCUGCCGGCACCGUGGACCGAGUGCCGCAUUAGCGCGAGCCAGAACCACUUUUGCCACGGCGGAACGCACGAGAUCCGAACGUCGCCGCCACCAGGAACGCCGCCGGUGGCCGCCAUUGUGUUUCAGUACCACGGCACGACGCAGCGCGUAUGCCAAUGUCCCCCCGUCGCCCCGCUACCCAAAGCGCGGCGUAUCUCGUCCAUGGACUUUCCCGACAUCCACGCGAUCGUCACGCCGCCGUCAUAACCAGUGGUCUUCGGGCCCUGAACCAAUUUGAAUCGACAACCAAGUGGUUUGAACUCGUUGAUAGCACCAUUCGCUGCAAAAUGUCUAGCAGUAACAAUGUGUCAUCGCCGUCGACAGUUGUCUUCCAGUG